CAGUCAUUCUGUGGAAGUAGAAGAAGUCUGUGUGGCAGUAGAGUAUGUGUGGGGAUUAUUUUUGGAGGAAUGGGGGAUCAUUGACUUAAGCAACAGGAUCAAAUCGUUUCUUCUUCUCAAGAGGUUUCAUCAGCAGCCAUGGCAUCCUUUAGCCAGAUCAUCUUCGGCAGCAUGAUUACCCUCAUCGUCUUAUUCUCGGCCAUCAUCAUCCUCAUCUUAGCCCUGUCCCUCUCAGGCACCUUGUCCCAGGUGAUAAGCACCAACACGUUGCCCGUUGCCAACCUCGGCGAGGAUCAGCUUCUCAGCUGCUUUCUGAACACUAAAAGUCAACCAGCCGGACUCACAGACGUGUCAGUCACCUGGGAGAAGAAGGGCCUGACGGGAACCGUUUACCUCUAUCAGAAUGGAGCUCCGGAUCUUGCCAACCAGAACUCUCAGUUCAAAGGGAGAACUCAGCUCUUCCUCGAUGCUUUGACCACGGGGAAUGCCUCUCUGCUGCUGAGGGGUGUGACACUCGGUGACGAGGGGGAGUACACCUGCAGCAUCAGCUCCUCUGGCGGUGGAGGGAACGUCAACAUUUACCUCAGAACAGCAGCCUUUUCAGCCCCAACAUUUAAAUUCACAAAUGGCACCCUGGCUGCUGAGGCAACCAGGUGGUUCCCUAAACCAAACGUGACAUGGUCGAACUAUGGCGGGGUCGUCCUGCGUGGAAGCACGAGCUUCACAUCAAACUCUGCAGGGAUAUUCGGUGUGGUCAGCACGCUGCAGUCAAUCAACGUCAGCGACACCUACACCUGCACGAUAGAAAAUUACCUGGUGACCAGCAUCUCUAAGGCAACUGUAACAGAUACUGGUGUUUCAGGGAACACAUACUUCAUCUACAGUGCUGCAUCAUCCCUGCUGGUAUCAACUUACCUGAGCAUGACGACCAGUGUCCUCCACAUCUAUUAUCUGACCUAAUUAAACACACACACACACACACACACACACACACACACACACACACACACACACACACACACACAGACUCAUAAGGUGAAAACAAUACCUGCAUAAUUGUCAGUAGGAGGUUCACAGUAGUGCAGUAGUAAAUACAAAUAAGCAUGUCACUUCUCUCUCUCUCUCUCUCUCUCUCUCUCUCUCUCUCUCUCUCUCUCUCUCUCUCUCUCUCUCUACCUGGGUGUGAAUCUCUUUGUGUGUGCAUGUGUUGUAUUCAGUGACACGAUUUGACAGUAAUGAUUCAACGUACAUAAAAGCUAGUAAUUUCUGAAGGUUAUGUUAUUUGGUUUCAAUGUAUUACAGUGGGUGUUGUUGCUGUGUAACAGAUUUGCCUCUCGUGGUGCAUUUUCUCAGUCAACAUUUUCUUUUUCUUUUCUCAGAUGUAUGUGUCAUGUUUUAAGUGAAGAGUCCAUCUAGAUUAUGUGUAGGCCUGCUAAACAUUUCUAAAUUGCUUUUAGCUUGAGAUUAUUUUUUAUUUGUCUACAACAUACAGUUAAAUGAAUCGCCAUCCAUGUGGAGAAACUGCAGAAAAAUUAGAAUACCGUAAAGAAAUGAAACUGUUUCAGCAUAUGUGACUGUGACCCAUAGAACGGGUUUAUCGUAUCAAUUAGUAGCCUUCUGUUUUUUUGUAUUACUGAGUUAAUAAGUACAACAAAUUUCAAUUGUU